AUGAACGUGGGAGUGAAUUUCAGUGCCCUGGACGACGAACGUCGACGUCAGGAGCAUCUUCUGCGGGAACUGCGAGAGAUCGAGGCAGAAUUGACGACACCCAGCAUGCGCAAAACCAACCUCCCACAUCUCGCCUCUGUGGUUGGGGUUGAACUCGAUCAGAACACACGGUGCCUACAUUACUUGACUGGAAUCUCGGAGUUAGAGCGCUACGUCUCCGAUGUUGCAGCUCACUUCGCGGGACGGUCAAUCGAAUUGAGUGAUCCCCAGGCCCUGCACAAGAACAUCUUCACCUACAAGACACUGACAGACAACGUUAAAAGUUGCUGGGAGUACGUGGACCAACUAGCCACUCUGGCUCAAAUUCACAUGAAAACAUCAGCCGAAUACCACCAGUUCUACCACGAGGCCAACGAGGUUGAAGCGAAACUGAAGAAGCAGCUGAAACUUGCCCAGCGACGUCACCAACUAGUCGCCCAACCACGCAGCCCCAGUGAUGCCAGUAAAAUCGCCAACGAGUUGAGGGAACAACUAGACGCCAUGAGGAGUCUGUGGAACCGCAGCGUCUCGCUAGUGCAGCGGAGCGAAUCAGUGGUCCCCAUGCGCCUCAGGUUAGGAGGGGUGAGCAAGGGUUCAGCGUGCAAAGGAGGCGGCCCAGUCAUUGUCCAGGCGUUGGUUAGUCUCACCGGACCGGAUUACAGGAUUCAACAAGGCGAACUGCUUAGUCUGGUGGACAACCAACAGGACACACAUCUGUGGAAGGUGCAGACGUCCACGGGCAUCGUCGAGGUUCCUUCGAUCUGCUUCUGGAUCAUGGACAAUGACAAGGAGGCCACCGAGAGGGCCAGUGUUCUCAAACGACAAUGCAAGAAAACAUGGAUGGAAAUCGUUCGACUGUCGCGUGAGCGACUCUACCGCGACUACAUCGACAUCUUGGAACAAUUGGCCUCAGAGGAUGCCUACUGCCCAAAGCCAGAACCGCUGGUCGAUUUGAUCGCCGACAUCCAAAACCACCUGAUAACACCGAUCGGCGAGGACGGCAGACUGGCGUCGGCUCUGGAGGCCUUCAAGCAGAACAUCACCACGAUGAGACAAGGGACAGGUGACGACGUGAUACUACUCAAAGAGGCCGACUUGGUGCGUCUGCGGUCUCCGUUGCUGCGGUUCCAGGAUCACCUCGUAGCCGUGGGCCUGAUGCAGGAGGAAGUGCGACGUCUCAACGAGCGAAUAGCGAGCUUCGUAAGCGAGGCGACGAGCGAACAAAGCCGUAUUGCCAACACGAUUGAAAAAUUGACACGGAUAACAACUGAGAGCCAGGCGCACUUGACAGACCUCGUGACGAAUUUGAGCGAAAUGAUGGAUGAUUCCCCCAAAAGGCCACGACCCAUUCACCCGAAAUUGCAGCUUGCCGACAGGAGCAGGAGUCAGCCAAAGGCCACGGAACACGAUGACGCAGAGACUAGAGGUGUGUUGAAGGAAAGAGCAUCAAGAAAACGUGCCCGAAGCCAGACUGCCCACCAUCUAGACGCUAUGGUUCAAAUAGGCAGAGAAAGCAAAACCGUGGAGACUCAAUUCCAGGAAUCUUCGUCUUCCACAGAACUCUCAUGCAAGACGAUGCGGACGUGGUUGUCACACGACAAGGCGGUUCAACUGAACACACGCCGACCGCCUGUUCAAAGGUGUGUAAUAACGCAGAUCGGGCCCUCUAGCAAGGAAUCCAGCACACAGGUUGAAAGCAGUUCAAGCCUGGAGGUUUCAAUGGAAGAGGACUUCUACAUGUCGGAGAGAAUGAAGGGAGUCGUGAGGCGACGAGGGGGUGCAGUGGAAGAAAUCGGUGGAGAAAGGGAACAAAGAACGAGGUCAGUUUCGACGCGUUUACAGCGACCAACUGUGGUUCAGGUCCAUACAUGCACCCAGCUUGGGCACAUUACAAGCGACAGGUCCGUGAGCCCAAUUCGUGCUCUCCUUACACUGUGUCCGAGUUGUCAGUCAAGCGGCCAAUGGGGCAAUCAGGCGGAGUACGAGCAGCUUGUAUGCGGUUCCGAAUUUCGUUUCCCCUUUACGCACGGUGAAAUACAAUCGGAAGUGCAUGGCCUUCGUCAGUGCAAGCGUGUGCAGUGCGGAUUUCCGUGUUUGACUACAAAAUGCAAUCUUUACUGCCAAGUGAACGCGCGCGGACCUCCCAUCGGGAACUUUGACGUAGAAGCGCAAGCUCUUCAAUGCCACGUGGACGUUGGAAUCACGGAAUUAGCCUGUGAAGUGGAGCAGGAGGCAUUCCAUGAGAUGCAGCCCCAUCUAAGUAGGGGUCAGGUGAUUAACAAGAGGAUCCAGACGGGCGGACCUAGGUUGUCUAGUUUGGUAGACUCGUACACGCAGGCUGGAAAGGUUUACGCCCGCGCAAGGAGACUCGAUGUGAUGACGACGGAGCGUGAAAGCAUUCCCGUGGCGUUCGAUGAUACGGCGGUUGACGCAACGAUUGCAACUACACGACACCGCAACGUCCGACUUCAGUCUGGCCAUGCUAACAUAAGUGACAUGAUUUCGAAUGCGACAAUGAUCGAAAGGAUGCAGCGUGCUGGCAUCAGGCCUCCUGUAACAGAGGAUGCGACUACAGAAGGCGGUUGGUUGACGUCUUCGAAGGCCUUCAGACAUCGUCAAGCUGAUGCACCACAGCUAACUGAUAUGAGGGAGGCACGCAUGCCAAGGCGUGCAACAUAUACCAGCAAUAAACCUCAUCGUCUAGGAGUGAGGGCUGAUUUAUCAACACGUCGACGAAGGAACAGACAUAAAAAAGGUUUAUUGUCAACUCCACCAAUAGAACGCUCAGCAGAGGCGUAUGAUGGCUCUGUUCAGCGCUACCAAGAACCAAGUCGUUUUGUCGUUCCUCGACGAGAACAGGAUGAGAAUUUGGAUGCGAAACCCGAAAAGGAAAGCCGCUAUACUACUUACCCGGCUGCAGUGCCUGCAACUUUGCCAACGGAUGUAACAAGCGUUCUCCUACAGGCGCAAAGUCUUCCCAACAUUCUAGGUGAAUCUGAGCAGUCGUUAGACCCAACAGGGGCCAGCGCAGAUCGAUAUCAGAUGUAUGAGCCGUCUAAACGAAGCAGACAAACCGCGACAAAAGACAAUACGCGGUACGCCUCGUUGCAGUCUGUUGCGCCAGCUUUGGCGUCUAGCAAAACCAAUCGAAUGCAUUCCGGUGUUGUUCCAAACUCUGCUUUGGCGUCUAGCAAAACCAAUCGAAUGCAUUCCGGUGUUGUUCCAAACUCUGGUGAAAGUGAUGGACAAGUGGAUCAGGGAUCAAAUGUUAGAAUAGUGCCAAGUUCCAGACCAGUGAUCCAGGAAAAACGGUCACACGCUAGAACCAUUGGAUCUGGUUCCAAUAUGCCUUAUCCGAACGUUCAGUCCAUUGAGCCCACGGACAGUCCCUUGAAUCUAGCUAGCAAAAAGCUAUUAACUAUGCAACAUAUUCAAAUUUCGGAGACACAGACCAGAAGUCUGCCUGUAUGUGAACCCGGUAUUACGACAGAAACUUACAAAUAUCCUAUAUCCAAGUUUUCAGUGCAAGUAGGCGAUAAAGCACCAGGCAUCGGGAUUGCUGAAAUUUCUCAAAGCGUGGAAGCCCCGCGAGAAGUGGGGAUCGCUGAAGCCCAAUCGAUUCGCAUCGUCGAACAUGGAAAUAAGAAAUUCCAGGUGAACAUUGACGUUGGUCUACCUGUUCGACGAUGUCCUGUGGAGACACCAGCUACUGUGCGCUACGAUGUAAGCUGUGACGCCAUGAUCAAGAACCCGCAGGUAUCUGCGAAGGUUCAGACGGAGUUCCUAGAAGAACCGAUCGCUCUGAAACCGACUUAUGAGCCCCGAAUGUACUCCGAACCUCCGGCGGCUAGAAGGCCUACAGAAGUGGGCGUCCAAAUAGAAAAACCCACGGAGGUAAUGUCAACACAGUUCGUACCAUCGAUGUUCGGUAAGAAACUACAAGCUAAACCGAUAAUGACUGACGCGUCGUGUGGACCGCUACCUCCCCCACCAUGUGCAGUUGCAACGUGUCAGCGAAGUCCGGAAACGAACGGUAAGAAAUUGCAGGUCACGAUAGAGGUACCACAAGUACUCGAACGAAUCAGAGUUACGGUACCACAGAAAAUGAAACCCACACACGAAAAGAGUACGCAGGCGGAACUAACACAACCACUUGCUUGUGGCCAUUCUCAGACGAUCGAAGAAGCGGAAACCAUUAUGGUUACGACACCAACAGUGCAAUUUGCCGCUCCACCGACAUCAUUUGAAGAUUUCAGUUGUGAUGCACAAGAGCCAGUAAAAACCGCCGGUGCUUAUACACAAACCAGUGCUCCAAGUACCUUGGCUAAUGCCACCGCGCAAGUUGGCAAAAGAGAAGAUAUAUCAGAAGAAAGAGUCGCUAAGAAGCUCCAGGUUAAACCUGAAGCACUCGCUGUUGGCGCCUCACAGGCCAUCUGGUCCGAGCCAGAACCCAUCGUCAUCAAGGCACCAACACCACAACCCGUUGUCAUGUCUGCGCCUCCAGUCGAUACCAACGAGUUCAGCUGCGACCCCCUGCCCGUCGACACACUAGGCAAGAAACUCCAGGUCAUGCCCGAGCCACUCUCAACCACCAUCUCCCAAACUGCCUUCACACCAACUCAACUCGCUGUCUCCACUGGCCAAUCAAUGUACACUGAACCGAAGACCACCACGUACCGCAGCAGCACUGCUCAAUCUCGACCACUGGAGACCGUCGGCAAGAAGCUCCAAGUCGCACCUAAAGCACUCGCUGUUGGCGCAUCGCAGGCCAUCUGGUCCGAGCCAGAACCCAUCGUCAUCAAGGCACCAACACCACAACCCGUUGUCAUGUCUGCGCCUCCA